UAGGUGGAGGUCACAAUAAAAUUUCGCUGGAGACCCCGAGUCAUCAUUCGAGUUCUCUAUCUCAGCAUGAAGCCGUACAUUUUCUUUACUUUCUGUACUCUUGGUCUUUGGUCGGCCCAAAAUGCCGAUGCCCAUGGACGUUUAAUGAAACCAUGCCAGCGAGGGUCUUUGUGGCGAUGCUACGGAAGAGACAGAUUUAAGGCAGACUACCGAGAUAUGGGACUGUUCUGUGGUGGAAAGAGGACCCAGUGGAAAAGAAACGAGGGAAAAUGUGGGAUAUGUGGCGACGCCUACGAUGCACAAGUAAAACCUCACGAGGCGGGUGGCCGCUACGCUACGCGCUUUAUCACAGAGACGUACACACAGGGACAACAAAUUGAUGUAAUGGUCGAGCUAACAGCUCCACACAGGGGAAAGUUCUUCUUUAAAAUAUGUAAGCAAACUGAUGAAAGCAAGGAGGUCACACAAGAAUGCUUGAAUAAAACUCCAUUAAAGGUGAUAGACAACGGAACAUACAAAGACUUUUAUGAAGUUAAAGCAACUACCUGGUCCAAACUUCCCAUGAAACUGCAACUUCCGCCCGAUUUUACCUGUGACCAUUGUGUUUUUCAAUGGUGGUACACGGCAGGUAAUUCCUGGGGACAAUGUCCGAAUAAAAAAUACAAACUUAGUUGCGGAGCACAAGAGACGUUCGUGAAUUGCGCCGACAUUAAGAUAUUGCCAAGCAGUGGCGGGGUCGACACUGCAACUCAAGCACCUGCAACAGUGAGACCAGCCACUGCAAUGCCAAUUACACAAGGCCCCGCAACAAAUAAACCGGCCACGGCACGUCCAGCGACAGCGCAACCAGCAACGCAAGCUCCGAUAACAGCAAAACCGAUCCCAGGGGAUAACUCUUGGUUAACAAAAUCACCUUCACUUCCACGUACGACACCCUUACCUAAUACCCAAACCACAACAUGCAACUGUACUGCCCCUUUUGUAAAAAAUGCCAUCUGCAAAGUCAAAACAAUUUAUGACGACUUCCUAGGACCGGAAUUUUGCGCGUUUCUUGUCAAAAAUGGAGCGAAUUUGUACCACGUAAAUCUUUUUUGUGAUUGCAAUUAACUUAUACCUACUUUAUUUUCUAAUCUAGCGAUUCAUGAAGAAAUUUAACAUUUACUGUUACAUUUUUUUGAAAGAAUAAUAUCAAAAGACUGUAAAUAAGGAAAUAAAAUUGCAA